UAUACACAAGCAUAUGAGAGCGUCAAUCUUAGAAAGCGCGAAAAAAAAUAUUGUUCAACAGUUUUUUUUUUAUUUUGAUAUUUUGUGUUGAAAAUUCGGUUAGCUCAAGAGCAUUUGUCAAAUAAACGAUCGCCAAAAAUAGUGCGCAUAAAAAAAUGUAUAUAAAAAAGUUGAUUCUGGAUGGUUUCAAAUCGUACGGUAAACGAACCGAAAUCGAAGGUUUUGACAAAGAAUUCACAGCAAUUACCGGCCUUAAUGGUACGGGAAAGUCAAAUAUUCUCGAUUCAAUUUGUUUUGUGCUCGGUAUUUCCAAUUUGGGACAGGUGCGAGCAACAUCAUUGCAAGAGUUGAUUUUUAAAAAUGGACAAGCCGGUAUUACAAAAGCAUCGGUAACGAUUGUAUUUGACAACAGCGAUCCGGACAAUUGUCCCGUUGGCUAUGAAACAUGUAAAGAAAUCACCGUAUCGCGGCAAGUAUGUGUCGGUGGCGGUGGUAAAAAUAAAUAUUUCAUUAAUGGGCGUACGGUUCUGAACAAAAGGGUGGUCGAUCUGUUUUGUUCCAUUCAAAUGAACGUGAACAAUCCAAAUUUUUUGAUCAUGCAAGGUCGCAUCACAAAAGUGUUGAACAUGAAACCAAUGGAGAUUUUGUCAAUGAUUGAAGAAGCGUCGGGCACCAGUUUAUACGAAACGAAACGUGAACAAACCACAAAAGUUAUCGAAAAGAAAGACUCAAAGCUGAAAGAAAUGGACUCGCUGCUGCAAGAAGAAAUCAAUCCACGAAUGGAAAAAUUACGCAGUGAACAAAAGCAAUACGACGAAUUUCAAAAGUUAAAACGUGAAAUUGAUCACUUGACCCAUAUCUAUUUUUCGUAUAAAUUUUUAAUGCAUAAAGAGGCAGUGCAAAAAGGUGAAAAAGCCCUUGAAUCAGUGGACACAUUCAUAGCCGACAGUCGAAAAGAGAUUGAAGACAAUAUUCAAGAAACGGAAUCAAUUGACGCAAAAUGCCAAGAGGUGCAGGAACGUAUUGAUGCUGAGACCGGCGGUGAAUUGGCCGAAUUGGAAAAGGAACUGGCGGUCAAAUCGAAAACCGAAGCGACGGCAAAUGGAGCUAAGAAAAGUGCCAGCCAAAGUGUUGAUGCUGAAAAACGUAAAUUAAAAUUGAUCCAAAAGAAUAUGUCAAAAGAUGAAGAAGCAUUGCAAUCGAAGGAGGCGAAAAUAGGCAGAGUCGGUGGUAUGUUUCAAGGACUAAAAGAGGCCGAUGAAGCCGAUAGUAAAGCAUUCUCAGAGGCACAAAAGCGUUUCCAAGCGGUUAGCGCCGGAUUGGAGGUGAACGAAGAUGGUCAAGCCACAUCACUUCAAGAACAAUUAACCACCACAAAGACAAAAUUGAGCGAAGCAACAACAACAAUUAAAAAAAGUGAAAUGGACUUGAAGUACAUGACAAAACUAUUACAAGAUAAGGAGAAAACACAAACCAAAAGUGAUUCAACAUACCAAACGAAUAAAGCUAAAUUGGAUCAAAAGGAAAAAGAAGUCAACACUAUUGAGGAAAAACUGAAUGGAAUCGAAUACGAAGAUGGAAUGCUGGAGGCAUUGGAAAAACAACACUAUACAUUGAACGGUGAAUGCCGUCAAAUGGAACACGAACUAGAUCGAAAGGGUGGUCAUCGUUUUGAGGUUCAGUAUCGCGAUCCAGAGCCAAAUUUCAAUCGAAACAGAGUCAAAGGAAUGGUUUGCAAGCUGUUCGAUGUCAAAGAUCCAAAAUAUUAUGUUGCAUUAAGUACUUGCGGUGGUGGUACUCUCUAUAAUUUGGUCGUCGACGAUGAAGUUGUAUCGAAAUUGAUUUUAGAACGUGGCCAAUUACAAACACGUACCACAAUCAUUCCAAUUACGAAAAUUCGUGGUUCGACUAUUAAUCCGGCCAAAGUGAGAGAGGCACAGCAAUUGGUUGGCAAAGAAAAUUGUGUACCAGCUCUCGAUUUGAUCACAUAUCAUCCAAGCUUGAAAAUUGUCAUGGAAUAUGUCUUUGGUCAUACAUUUGUUUGUACAAGUAUGGCGGUGGCCAAACAAGUUACCUAUCAUAAACGCAUUUUAACGCGUUCCAUUACACUGGAUGGUGAUGUGCUCGAUCCAGAAGGUACAUUGUCGGGUGGUGCUCAGUCACAGCAGACACCAGUGCUCAUCCAAGUGGCCGAUAUUAAAGAUUUCAGUAAGCGUUUGGAUGCAAAACGGGCCGAACUAAGAAAUGUCCAAGAUCAAAUCAAUAGAAUCCAAGGCGUUGCCAAUCAGUACAAUCAAUUGAAGCGACAAGUUGAGACAGUGAAUUAUGAAGUGGAAACAAUUAAAAAGAUCUUGGCAACAACAUCUUAUCAACAACAUCAACAGGAAAUCGAAGAUGCACGAAAUAAUAUUGAAACCUUGAAAACGACAAUCCAAGAGAAGAAGGAAGAACAAGUGACGUGUAAUGCAAAAAUCAAAGAUUUGGAAGCGAAUUUAGCCGAUGCCAAAGGCUACCGUGAACGUCAGCUAAAAGAAGCAAAAGAUCAUAUGCAGAAAAUGAAGGAGAAAGCAGACAAGAGUCGCAAAGAAUGGGAAAAACACGAAAAGGAUGCAGACACUCUUCGACUGGAAGUGGAAGGUUUAAAGGAAAGUAUCGAAAAGGCAAAAGAAGAGGCCGAAGCUUCUGAAACAAAUAUUGAAGAGCUACAAAAGAAGUUGGACGAAUUGAUAAGCACCAGUGCAACGGCAUCGGCUGAAAUUGCUGACCUAAAAAAGCGUAUCAAAGAGCAAAAAGAUUCAAUUGCAUCAAAACAUAGCGAGAUGAAAAAGACAUUGGCACGCAAAGAUAAAUUGUUGAAGCGCAACGAUGAGCUUGAAUUGCAAAUUAAGAAGAAAGAAACCGAAGUAUCAAAACUAAGAAAUGACAAUAAAGAACAUGAAGAUGUGAUGGCCGCGAUGAAAGAGCAACACAAAUGGAUUGAAACUGAUGAAACAUACUUUGGUGGUCGCAACACAAAAUACGAUUAUUCAAAAGAAAAUCCUAAAACGGCCGGCGAUCGGUUGCGUGAGAAAAAUGAAGUGUACAACAAAAUGAAGAAACGUAUCAACGAAAAGGCGAUGAUGUUAUUGGAGCGCGAAGAAGAGGAAUUGAAAAGUGUGCGAGAUCGAAAGGAUAUCGUUGAAAAUGAUCGAAAGAAAAUCAAAGGCAUUCUCAAGGGAUUGGAUGCUGAAAAAAUGGAAUUACUGCGCAAAGCAUGGCAAGAGGUGGAUAAAAAUUUUGCCAGUAUUUUCAGCGUUUUGUUGCCCGGUGCACAAGCAACGUUGGUCCCACCGCCUAACAUGGAAUUUUAUCAUGGACUGAAUAUAAAGGUUGGAUUCAAUGGCGUGUGGAAAGAAUCACUCACAGAACUGUCGGGUGGUCAACGAUCAUUGGUGGCUUUGUCACUCAUUCUGGCUAUGUUAAAGUACAAACCAGCACCCAUUUAUAUUUUGGAUGAAGUCGAUGCUGCCCUUGAUAUGUCACACACACAAAACAUCGGACGAAUGUUAAAACUACAUUUCACAAAUUCACAGUUCAUCAUUGUCUCGCUGAAAGAUGGAAUGUUCAACAAUGCCAAUGUCAUCUUCAAGACAAAGUUCGAGAAUGGCGUUUCUGGUGUAAUACGAACACAGAAUGUGCGAAGCAAAUAAUUCACAUACACGUACAAACAAACACACACAUAAAUCACAAACAAAAUCAAUAGUUUUUUUUUUCAUUUUUUUAUGUAUUACAACUUUAUUAUUACUAUAACUGUCUGUUGUUUUUAUUUUGUUUUGAAGUAAAAUCUUAAAAUUAAAAAAAAAAAUUGUGUGAGAAUCCAAAACAAAAAGAAAAACAGUGUAAAACAUAAAAUAAGGCCGAAAUUUAUA